AUGGCCGAGGACAGAAUCAUCGUGUUCUUCGACCUGGAGACCACAGGAUUAGACACCUCAUCGUGUGACAUCAUCCAAGUGGCCGCUGUCUACGAGGAGAAUGUCUUUAACAAGUACACCCUCCCACGCCAGGCCAUGACUCCGAGCGCCAAGCAGGUCACAGGCUUCACAGUCAGACCCGACGGCCUGUUCCUUCACGAUAAACCUGUUGAAACCGUUCCCCUCACCGAGGUUCUCAACUCCUUCAUCUCCUUCCUGCGUUCCUUCAGACGCCCAGUCCUGCUGGCGGCCCACGGUGCAAAGCGCUUUGACGCUCCUGUGCUCACCAGAGUGCUGCGAAGGCACUCCCUGCUGCAGCAGUUCCAGCAGGUGGUAUCUGGAUUUCUGGAUACUUUCCUGUUGAGCAAACAUCUUUACCCCCGUUUGAGCCGACAUUCUCAGGAGUAUAUGGUUCAACACUUUCUGAGAAUGUCCUACAACGCCCAUAAUGCUUUGGAGGAUGCCAGGAUGCUGCAGAAGCUGUACAAGAGAUGGAGCCCCAACAACGGCGACAUUUUAUGCUCCAGCUUUAGAGGGGUUGGAUGCUUUUAUUAA